CUGACCCUGUCCCGUUUCUCCAGACAAUGGCGUUUCAUCAGUGGACAGUGUGUUCAUCUUCCAGAGCUCCGCGGAAGACGCCACACACACCUCCUACGACGCCAUCGUGGUGGAGCAGUGGACCGUUGUCGAUGGAGUUGUGGUGAAGACAGACUACAUCCCCCUGCUCCAGUCUCUGGCUCCCUAUGGAUGGAGGCUGAUGUGUGUGUUACCCACACCCAUUGUGAAGACCAACAGUGACGGGAGUUUGUCGACCAAGCAAAUCCUGUUCCUUCAGAGACCCGUUCUGCAGCGCAAGAGAAAAGACUUCAAGAUGCGCAACCUCAGGGGUCGCAGCAAGGCGAAGAAGAAAACUACCGGGGAAACGGAAGAGGAGAGGGAGAACAUGUCCCCUCUGAUGGAGACGGAGAUGGACAGGUUGAGGAGGAACUCAAAGGAGGAGGAGGAAGAAGAAGAAGAGGGGAGGAAGAGCAGGGGCAGCGUAAGGAGCGAAGGUGGAAAGGAGAGUGAAGAGGAUACACACCAUCAAAGGGGCUUCUGGUUCUUAUCGGGGAGCAGGGCUUCUGUCGAGGAACAGGAAGAGGAAACCGACGUGGACGAGAUCAAGCUGUCCGAGCUGAAGGAGUCGGUGAGAUGGACAGAUGUGUGCCAGAGAAGUGACGGGGGGGUCAAGGAGGAGGGGAAGACAGAGGAGAGGAUCAAGCAGCAGCUGUUUUCAGGCGUCUGUUGACACAUUGGGCACAAAGCAGGCGAGGGUGGGGGGGGGGGAGCUGAAGCCUGUUUAGAGGAUCAAAAACAAUGCCUUUUAAAAUAACUUUUUGUUCAUCUGGAGUUUCUUUUUGUUCCCCUGACAACCCAGAUGUAGUCAUACUGUUCCUGGUCCUGCACUGUUGCGAGUCUUUGAGGUUGUAGAUCCCAGAUUUGGGAAAGUGUUGUGCAGUUCUCUGCUUUGGGUCACUGUUGCUAUUUGGUGUGUUUGAUUAUAUGAAAUGAAUCUGUGCAAGGCUGAUAGAGAACCACCUCCACUCCACGCCUUAAUUCUCUUGUUGUAUUUUAAUACUUUUCUUGUAAUAGGAACGUUAAAAAGGGAGUUUCACUGGGCUCGCUGUAUUUUUAUAUAUGGAGUAUAUAAUUAAAGAUAGAAACAAGAAAGGGACAAGUCGACAGAGUAUGAAGUAAACGGUUGGAGCACGACUGAUACAUCAAAUUUAGCUUAUUAUAGAUUUGUAUCUAUACCGGCCUAAGUAAAUAACUACAAAAUUGCAGACAGUUUUUAGGUGAUUAAGAAACUUUUUCUUCAAUACACACUGUAGUUUUGAAACAGUAAGUCUUCAAUUCUAAAAUAUUUCACUCAAUGAAGUAUCUUCACCACAACUUUAUAUUCAAAUAUUUAAGGGAUCCUUAACAAUAAACCAAUAAAUGUUGCUUAGAACAAUGACAUCGACCAAUUUCAUAAUUAUCAGACUUUUACAAUUCUCUGUAUCGGCCGGACUCUUCUCCAAAAUAUAAAUGGUGUUUGGUCUCAACAAUAAUGUUUAGUGAGUUCAAAACAAUUACAAAAAAGGUAUUCUGUCACUGGAGGAAUCUAGUUUUCUCUGGCCUGAUUUUGGGAUAACUAUCUCUGAGCUUUCGUCACCUCAAUAAAAUGAUGUUAAAAGGCAUUCUGUGUAUGGUGCUCACCACCUAAAUAGAAAUCCCUUAUCUGAAGCUGUGAUCUAAUGGUUUACAUAACACAGUUUCUUCUUUAGAAAGCUGUUCCUAUGAAGACUGAUUAGUUGUUGGUUUAUUUUCCAGAGUAACAGGGAAAUGGCUUUCCAACUUUUUUAAAUGCUGGAAGACAGACCAUAAAUGAGUUUACUUGAUUAGACUACAAGAUGAAAGGAAAAAAGCCUUCUGUAAUUCAAGAAAAC